UGAGAUUAGAUGCCAAGCUGUUCACAACAACUAGGACUCUAGCCAUCAUCACGACGUUUCACCAGAUAAUUGUAAUUCUUCCUCAUCCUCAAAGAAAACAAGUGUUAAUCAAAUCUCACGAUGUAUCCUCAUCAAAAUAACAAUGGGAUUUCCAUGAUUCCAUAACCUUCAUCAAUCAUGUUUCAUCGUCUAAAGAUUACUCAUCUUGGAUCAGAAACAGAAUUUAGACCUCUUCGAAAGUCCCAAGAGGAAGUAUCACCACGACAAAUAUAAAACAUCAAAGCUGCAGCACUCUCACAAUCUUCGAACCUCUUCAUACUUGUAUCCUAGUCACCGAAUUAAGCUUUCCAAUUCCUUUCCUUUCUCAUACCAAAAGAAAAUGUCAUAUCCUAGAUGGAUCGUCGAAAGUACUGUUUCGAGUACAAUGCUUGGAUCUUUUAUACGAGGCUUUUGGUGUAAGCUUGGCAAUUGAUGAUAAAAGACUUUAUACAGACUGAUCAUUCUGUCAUUUUUGCUUCUUUUUCGUUGGUUGAUUAUUACUCUUGUUAAUCUAUACAUUCGUUUUCUCUACCUGUCGUUCUAUUUCCUCUUCUAGAAUUCCUGAGGAAGACCUCAAAGUAGGACGAUAUUCCAGAUAUUUCAAACCAGGCCUUCAAUGUAUCUUCCCCAUAUCUCUUCCGCCGUUUUACUCGGCCUCGUAUCUAGUACCUCAGCCGGUAUAUUCAAUUCUCCAUCCACCUAUUCCCGAGCAAUUUCUCCAGAUGAAACUUGUGGAGUUACUUUUGCGGGAACAAAGGGAUAUACUUGUCCAACGGGGGAAUGUUGUUCAAAAAAGUAAGGAAUAUGAACAGUUGAAAGAGUUAGAUACUAACAAGGCUUUAGUGGAUAUUGUGGAACUACAAUAGAUUAUUGUUCUACUCCUUCGGGUUGUCAAUCAGCAUAUGGAAAAUGCGACGACGGAGGAAGCCAGACAGAGAAACGAUGUGGAGCUGGUGUUGGUAGUUGUACAUCAGAUGAAUGUUGUUCUCUUGCAGGAUAUUGUGGUACUACCGAAGGUAUCCAUCCAGCCUCACUUUGCAUCCAAUCUACAGCUCCUAACCAUUCCUUAGAAUAUUGCGCCGCCCCUGACUGUCAAUUCAACUAUGGUCCCGCCUGCGACGCCAACGCCAUUCCAACGGGCAGAAAUACCUCCACCAUUCCUCGUUCAGCUCUAGGACCUGUCCUAUAUGGCUCAGCCGGUAUUUAUGAUUGUGCAACUCCUGGCGACAUGGCACUAACCUUCGACGACGGUCCCUACAUCUACACAUCUCACAUCCUCGAUAUCCUCGCCCAAUACAACGCAUCAGCAACAUUCUUCAUAACCGGUAACAACCUCGGCAAAGGUCACAUUGAUAAUUCAUCUCUUCCCUGGCCAUCCCUCAUAAAACGUAUGUAUGAUAAUGGACAUCAAAUAGCAUCUCAUUCAUGGAGUCAUGCCGAUUUAUGCAACAUAACAAGUACGCAACGUAAAAAUGAGAUGUGGAAGAAUGAAAUGGCGUUAAGGAAUGUAAUUGGGGUUAUUCCAACAUAUAUGAGACCUCCAUAUUCCAGUUGUACAGCAGAGUGUGGAUGUGAGAAGGAUAUGGAGGAGUUAGGAUAUCACAUUACUUAUUUUGUAUGUCCUCUCUACUUUUCUUCUUUUCGUUUUCUUUGUUUUUGAAAAAUCCCUUGAUUUGACUAAUAUCUUUUUCAUAGUCCUUGGAUACUCAAGAUUAUCUUAAUGAUUCACCAACUCUAAUCAGUAACUCACAAAAUAUUUUCUCUACCGCAAUCAACGCUUCGGAUCCCAAAACCGACCACCCUCGUAAGUAUAAUCCGUUGUCUCCCAUUUAAACCCCCCUCUCUCUUCCGUUCCCAUCUACAAAACCUCCAACCAUUAGUUCUCCCCUUCCCCAUUCCUCCCAAACCCCACUAACCCCUCCACCCACCUCCUAGUAAUAAUAGCCCACGACAUCCACAACCAAACCUCCACCAUCCUCAUCGAAUACAUCCUCCAAAACGCCAUUGCGAAAGGAUACAAACCCGUAACUGUGGGUACAUGUUUAGGCGACGCGAAAGCGAAUUGGUAUCGUGUUGAUGCGGGAAGUACUCUUGGGUGAUUUUGGUCAAGAGUAGGAGGUGAGGAUUGCUUGAGGAAAUGAAAAAGGAGAUAUUAGUAUGGGAUGGAUGGGUUGGGUUGGUGCAGGAAGAGGGAUUUGAUAACAUAUCUAUCUAUGUAUACCUAUGUAUCUAGAGGUUGAUAAUUAUAAUUCAUAUGUC